AGCAUUUUUGUUUAAUGUCAGUGGUUUUUUCAAAAUUGUUUCGUUAAUUCAGAAAGUUGUGUUUCCAGCGCAUAAUGGCCAGCAGGGGCAACAAACUAUCCUGGGCGGUGGGCAAGAAGACUGUGAUGUGUGUCGGCACCACGACCAUAGACUUCAUCUCAACCAUUAAUGCCUUUCCGGUGGGAACCCACAACGUGGCCACCGCUGGCUACUGGAUGCGAGGUGGCAACGCGUCGACCAAUUGCACGGUGCUCUCCAAUCUGGGAGUCGAGGUGGAGUUCUUCGGGAUGCUGAGCAACCUCAGCAUGUACCAGCUGCUCGUGAACGAUCUGAAGGCACGCGACAUCAUUGUGGAGAACUGCCCGACAUGCGCUCAAGAUGCACCCUUUUCAUCGGUUAUCCUCUCAAAAUCGCCGAGGGCGAGGACUACUAUAGUCUGCAACAGUAAUUUUCCCCACGUGGGGGUCGACGAUUUCAGGAAGCUGGACCUCAGCAAAUACGGGUGGAUUCACAUGAGGGCAUUAAACUUCGAAAACACAUUGGGAAUGAUCAAGGAGCUAGCUGCGUACAAUGCCUCCAAGGAGGAGAAGAUCGUAGUUUCCCUGGAGUUCGAUCACAAUCUGGAGGAGAUGUGGCCCCUGACAGAAUAUUGCGACUACGCAUUUUUCUCGAAGCAGCUGGCCCAACCGAAUGGAUGGACUUCUCUCGAGGAUGCCUGCAGUCAGCUGGAUGAGAAACUGCGCAUGCGAUGGGGUCUCAAUCUCAAGCGACCGUACGUGAUCGUGCUGUGGGGCGAUCAGGGUGCUGGAAUCAUGGAUCUCAAAGGGAACUACACCCACUCCAGCCCCCACAAACCCAGACGAAUUAAGGAUACCCUGGGAGUCGGCGACACCUUCGUGGGUGCCGUCAUCUACGCACUUUACAUCCGGGAGAGAUCUCUGCCAGUUGCCGUGGACUUUGGCAACCGGAUGGCCAGCUACAAGAUGACCAGAAACGGCUACGAUCACAUCGCCAAUAUUCUACUUUGUCCGGUUUUAUAGCUAAAUUUAAAAGAAUUAUUAUUUAAAAAUUAUCAUUCUGUAGUAAUAGUUCUGUUAACUUUUGAUAUGCCAGAAAAUUUUUUACUCCUUUAAAUAAACAAGAAAGGUAGA